CUUCUGUGAUUCGCCCUUCGUGAUUACACUAUACUUUACAUGUAGUAGCACGCGAAUGUGCUGCCAUCGUACACAAUUUUAGAGUAACAUUUUUAACAAAAAAAUAUCUCGCCUAAAUUGGGGGUAUUUCAUACACGUUUUGUGUGGCGGCCAUCGUGCACGUACUUUUCCUUUGUUAGUGAAAUAAUUGUGUUUUUACUAAGUUUAGUGUAGUGUUUUGUGUUUGCGGAUAAAAUGGGAAAACGCAAACAUCGUGAGGAAGAUUACUUGGAAAGAAAAAUCCGAAGUCUCGAGAGGAAAAGAUUGAAGAUUCGUCGCAGGCGCCGUCAUCGUAGUUAUAGCCCUAGUACGUCCUCAUAUACAGAUAAUGAAUAUGAGUAUGCGGACCAAGAUAUCGGUGAGCCCGAUCCCUUGCUAGAGGAUUCGCAAUAUGAAGAAUCCCCAUUGACCAACAAUACUGUAUACGACUUAACCGAUGAUGAGGUCGGUGCUUCAACGUCGGGUGCGCUGCCUGCUGCUGGCGGGCUGCGAUCGGUGGUCAUACAGAAUAGAAGCGCCGCCGGGCCCCGCGCGGUGGACGCGCCGGCCCCCGCGCCCCCUCCCGCACCCGCCGCCGCCGCCGCGCCGGCGUGCGCGCCCGCGGCCGCGACCACCACGCCGGCUGCGCCCGCUCCCGCGCCUACAUCCGCAGCUACCACCACACAGGUGACCGGUGAACAAAUUGGUUUACAAGAAUCUACGCCGAUUGUGACCGCGCUUGAUCCCGGUUUAUUAUGUUUGUUGGGCGAUGAGCCCGUAAAAGAAGAAACAUUUGGUCCUUGCAUUCACGACGAUAUCUCGACGAGAUGGUCCGACAUUCUAGUUAAUGGUAUGAAGGACGAUAUUAAGAAUGAUAUUUUAAAACGUUACGAAAUACCAGAAAAUUUAAAAUUAGCGCAAGCUCCUAUACUCAAUCCCGAGAUUAAGGUGGCGUGUAAUGAUAAUGUUUUAAAACGGGAUAAUAUUCUAAGUGACAAACAAAAGUUGCUCUCGACUAUUAUAACAGGAGUUGCCAAUACAUUGUCGAAUAUCUUGACAACAGAUUCAACUUUAGACAACAACAAACAGGGGAUCAUAAAGUCACUGAGCGAUACAGGUAGACUAUUAUGUCACUUACAUUUUUCAGAGACUCAGAGCAGGCGUAAUUUCUUGGUGCCUAGUUUAAAUAAGGAGAUCAAGGAUAAUAUUAAGGACUUAAAGCGCGAUAGUUUGCUUUUUGGUAAAGAAUUACAAGAAAGUCUGAAGUCAAUAAAAGCAAUGACUAAAACCGGAGCAGAAUUGAGACCGACUGUCACAAAGCCUAAAUGGACGCCCAAGCACCAACAGGCAGGAGCAGGACCGUCGACAUCGAGGGCUUUAAACUGGAGGGGGCAGCCGUCGUCGGCGUCGCGGCCGCCGCCUCGCCAGAGUCGCCAGACGCCAGCGAGGACGAGCUACACGCGUGGCGGGCGCAGACCGCCGCCGCCGUCCCGCCGCGCGAGCGACCGCCGAGCGCCGCCGCCGCGGCCGCACACCCGGACCUCGCGCCGCUAGCAUCGGAUGCUGAUACACAACCUCAGGCUGUGUCGAACACAAGCUGCACAGGAGCCUUACCCUGGUUGCCGGAGUGUUGUCCGGGCGGCGUUCAUGAGGCAAGGCACUCCUGCAGAAGCGGCAGACAUCAUGCUAGCGUCACUUACAGAAACCACACUUAAGCAAUAUAAUUGUUAUUUAAAGAAAUGGUAUAUAUUUUGUAAGGAAAAAUGUUAUGAUAUUUUUGAUGUCGGCGUAGCAGAAGUAUUAGAUUAUUUCACAUUACUUUUUAAUCAAGGUUGUCAAUUUGGAUCAAUUAAUACUGCGAAAGCAGUUUUGUCAUUAAUAUUGAAUAAUAAUGUUAUAAAUAAUCCAACUGUGAAACGUUUUAUGACGGGAGUAUACAAACUGCGGUCUCCAAAUCCACGAUAUGAUUUUACUUGGGACCCUUCAAUCGUUCUUAAUCAUUUAAGUUGUUGGUAUCCAAAUGAAAGCCUUUCUUACGAGCAUCUUUCUAGGAAGUUAAUAACUAUUUUGGCAUUAGUUACGGCACACCGUGUGCAAACCUUAUCGUUAAUCAAGCUAAGUAAUAUUCAUAAAUGUAAUAAGAAAUAUAUUAUUAACAUUACAGAUAAGAUUAAGACAUCCGCAGUUAAUCGCAUUCAGCCAAAACUGAUUCUGCCUUAUUUCGAUGAAAAUCAGUCAAUUUGUCCUGCAAGGACUUUAGAACGUUAUUUGGUUGUCUCAUCUACCAAUCGCCCAAGCGAUUGUGAUUUUCUUUUACAAGUUUUAAAAAACCAUUUAGAAAAGUGUGUUCACAGACCUUGAGUCGAUGGAUCAAAACCACUUUGCUCGAGAGUGGUAUUGAUACAUCGAUCUUCAAAUCGCAUAGUACGAGACACGCAAGUACGUCAGCAGCCAACCGGCUCGGGGUUAAUAUAGAACUGAUUAAGAAGACCGCCGGUUGGUCAGAUAAUUCCUUGACGUUCGCUAGGUUCUAUAAUAGAGAUGUUCUGGCGGACUCGUCCGAAGUAUUUGCUCGUACAAUAUUACAUGGUAAUAAUAAUUGAAGUGUCUGUUGAUUACAGUUAAACUGACGUAAACGUUUGUUUUAUUUAUAUUUUUCAAACAUACAUGUUUCAUUUAAUCUGCUAUUUCGUGUAACUCUAAACAUCUACAUGUAAAGUAUAGUGUAAUCACGAAGGGCGAAUCACAGAAGUUUAAUAGAUAAUCAAACGAACUUACCUGUAAGUGAUGUUCGAUGACUAUUAAACGAUGUGAUUCGCCCGAGUGAUUACAACCCUCCCUGACCCGAACUGGUCAAGCUCCAGAUUCUACCCAAUUGGUCACGAAAUAGCACACGUAUUUGAUGGCCUUUUUUAUAAGAAACGUGUAUGAAAUACCCCCAAUUUAGGCGAGAUAUUUUUUUGUUAAAAAUGUUACUCUAAAAUUGUGUACGAUGGCAGCACAUUCGCGUGCUACUACAUGUAAA